AUGACGCCUAAUACGCCUUCUUCGAUUACUUUGAGCUGGUAUGAUUACACUAUAUUUGUAGGUACUUUAGUUUCCAGUACUUUGAUCGGAAUUUACUACGGAUGUUUUGGAACUAAACAAGGAACCACCAGAGAGUACCUCAUGGGAGGAACAACCAUGAAAAUCAUUCCCAUAGCAAUAUCAGUAGCAGUCAGCCAUAUUUCUGGAACUAUGCUACUAGGAACAGCCUCAGAAGUAUUCCGAUACGGAGGUAGCGUUUGGUUGACUGUUGUUGCACUAACAGUAAUGGGGUUUUUAACAAAUUUCGUUUAUCUUCCUGUGUUUUAUAAACUGCGCUUGAAAAACAUUUACGACUACUUGGAGCAAAGAUUCGACAAGAAAACAAGAACGUUGGCAAUCGUGUUUUACAUGAUUACUGAGAUACUUUUAUUCCCAGUGCAUGCGUAUUCUCCAUCUUGA